AUGUAUUUCAUAGCCUUUGUCCCAUAUUUCAGGAGCAGUAUGGAGUAUGCCCCUUUUCUUCGGGGUGAUGAGGAUGACAUUCCGUGGGACGAUGUUGUGCCGCCCACUCAGGAUGACUUCAUCGGGACGCAGCUUCCUACGUCCGAUGAACAGAACGAGUUGCCAGCGGCAUGUGGUCGUGGAAGCAGUUACACUAUCCAGGAGGACCUUCUGCUAGUCAAGUCGUGGCUCAACGUGAGUAUGGAUCCCGUGGUGGGAACGAACCAGAGUAUGGGGGCUUUCUGGCAGAGGAUCGAGACAUUUUACCACGAGCACAAGGAGUUCCCUACCACUCGAAACAAGAAGUCUCUUCAGGGUAGGUGGACAUUCGUCAACGGCAUGGUGCAGCGAUUCUGCGGGCACUAUGCUAAAGCCCUUCGUACUAGGCGGAGUGGGAUGACGGAGGCCGACACGAUUGCAGCUGCAUGUCAGAUGUUCCAGGCAGCGGAGAAAAGGGAGUUCACACUGAUGCCAUGCUGGGCCGAGUUACGCCACCAUCCUAAAUGGCAAUCAGAGUCUUCUCGCAAGAAGCAGAGGACUGCGCCAUCAACACAGGAGGGAGAGACCUCCCCCGGCUGCAUCGAUGGUGACGGUGUGACGCCGACGCAUACCAGCGGGAGCAGCCGGCAACUUGCGGUAAAAGAGAAAGUUGAGAAGGAACGCGCCGAUCGCUUUGCAGAGCUGUUGAGGAUUGAGGAGCACAGGUUGCGCCUGGAGGAGGAGCGUGUACAACUGGAAAAGGUGAAGGAGGAGAGACAAAAAAUCAGGGAGGAGAGGGAGAUCAUGAGCAUGGACAUUUCGCAAAUGGACGAGGACCAGCAGGCAUAUUACAAGAGCCUUCGCCGAAGCAUCAUCGCAGCUCGCCGAGCUGAAUCUGGCCCCUGA